CCAGGGACUCCAACCGUCAUGUUAAGGUAAAGCAGAAAAGUGCAGUGCUGAACAUGCUAAAGAGGUUGGACAAAAUAAGGUUCAGAGGUCAUAAGAGAGAUGAGUUCCUUGAUUUAGCAGAGUCUCCAAAUGCUUCAGAUACUGAAUGUGGAGAUGAAAUUCCAGUGAAAAUACCUCGAACAUCACUCCGAGAAAAUGAGGAGCUAAGAGACCCUGCUGGUCCAGGGACCGUCAACAUGGCUUCAGGUGUUCAGGAUUUUAACAGGACAGAGUCUGAUAGACUAAAUGAGAUCAAAGGUCACCUGGAAAUCGCCUUACUGGAAAAACACUUUCUACAGGAGGAGCUCAGAAAGUUGAGAGAAGAAACAAAUGUUGAAACAUUAAAACAAGAACUAGAGAAAGAGCGGCAGAGGAGAUUGGAACUAGAACAAAAAAUCAGUGAUGUACUUAAGGCAAGAACAGAAGAGCUGCCUACAACUCAGCAACCUGCAAAACCACCAACGCAAGUCAAUGGAACAGAUAAACGGGGUCACACGGUAUGUUCAAGAGUCCAGAAGUGGUUUUAUGACAAAUUUGGAGAAUAUAUCGAGGACUUCAGAUUUCAGCCAGAGGAAAACACAGUGGAAACAGAAGAGCCACUUAGUGCUAGAAGGUUAACUGAAAAUAUGAGAAGACUGAAGAGAGGUGCCAAACCUGUUACUAAUUUUGUGAAGAAUCUUUCUGCCUUAUCAGAUUGGUAUUCUGUCUACACUUCUGCUAUUGCCUUUAUUAUUUACAUGAAUGCUGUAUGGCAUGGCUGGGCCAUUCCUAUGUUCUUAUUUUUAGCAAUUUUGAGGUUAUCUCUAAAUUACCUCAUAGCCAGGGGUUGGAGAAUACAGUGGAGCAUCGUGCCUGAAGUCUCUGAACCCAUUGAACCUCCAAAGGAAGAUCUGACAGUGUCAGAAAAGUUUCAGCUUGUUCUAGAUGUGGCUCAAAAAGCACAGAACCUGUUUGGCAAAAUGGCAGACAUACUGGAAAAAAUCAAGAACUUGUUCAUGUGGGUCCAGCCAGAAAUCACUCAGAAGCUGUAUAUUGUUUUAUGGGCAGCUUUUAUUGCAUCCUGCUUCCUACCUUACAGGAUCAUUGGGCUUGCAAUGGGACUUUAUGCUGGAAUCAAGUUUUUCCUUAUCGAUUUUAUUUUCAAACGGUGCCCAAGACUUCGAGCUAAGUAUGAUACUCCCUAUAUCAUUUGGACGAAUCUGCCUACAGAUCCUCAACUAAAAGAAAGGUCGAAUGCUACUGUGUCAAGACGGCUUCAAACAGCAGCAUCAAGAAGCUAUGUAGGUUCAAAUGCCCCAACUGGAGUAAAUAAAGAUGAAGACAGUAGUCGUUUUCAUACUACAAAAAGAGGCAAUUUCCAUGAAAUCUUUAACCUAUCAGAAAAUGAACGUCCUUUAACAGCAUGUGAAAAUGGUUGGCGUUGCUGCCUGAUUAACAGAGAUCGGAAGAUGCCUACAGACUACAUUAGGAAUGGAGUUCUUUAUGUCACAGAAAAUUAUUUAUGCUUUGAAAGCUCCAAAUCUGGCUCCUCUAAAAGAAAUAAAGUAAUUAAACUAACAGAUAUAACAGAUAUUCAGAAGUACAAAGUGCUCUCUGUUCUCCCAGGAUCAGGGAUGGGUAUUGCAGUAUCAACACCAUCAACACAAAAACCUUUAGUUUUUGGUGCCAUGGUACACAGAGAUGAAGCUUUUGAGACCAUUUCCAGCCAGCAUGCAAAAAUAACUUCUGCAUCAUCGAACAGUGAAAGCUAGUAUCUUAUCUUUAGAAGAUCUAGAGGAAACUUUUCUUUUUUCUUUUACAAUUUGGUAGUGAAAAUAUUGAACAUCCUCAUCUAUUUUGCAAUAAUUUUCCUUGUCAUGUGGUUUAUAUUCUGUAUGUUACAUCAAUCAAGUGUAUUUUAUAUAUGCCUUCACAUUUGAUUUUAAGGUUUUUGUAUUAAAAACAAGUGAAAGUGCUAUCAUCACUAUUAGCCUUGCACAUUAAGCACUUUUAAUGUUUAUUUACUGACAUUUAAAAUCUCAGAAGAUACUUAGAGAACUGACUAGAUAAUACACUGGAAUAGCUUCAUCCCUGAGGUAGCGCCACUUUUAUAAUUAGUGAUAAAUUUGGCCCAUUAUCUCAGUUUUAUUUUCCUGAGAGCUGAAACAUGACUCUGGUGGCCUUUAGUAUGGUCCUUUUGAGGACAACAAGCUCUGAAUUAGGUACCUUAUAAAACAUAUCAAGGAAAUAUUACCUAGUUUGUGUGCGUGUCUGUAUAUAUCAACUAAACUUAAGGCAUUUUUCUUGCAGAUUCUGUAUCGCAAAAAGGUAGGGUUUCUUUUUUUUAACAGUCUGACUUCCUCUAGUUUUUCCUGAGUAGUUUCAGAUUCCUUGUACAGAGAGUUCAGUGUUACAAAGCUGAGGGCAAUGUUUGUAACCAUAUCUUCCUUUCCUGAUUAACCAAAGUAUAAGGAAGGAAGGAAGAAAGCUACUUUUUAUAAAAGAGGGCAUCAAAACUUUGUUCCUAAAAUGUUAGGCAGCAUUUUUGUAUUUCUAUUGUUACUUGUUAUGGAAGGGCUCAACAAUUGUACACAUAACGUGUAUGAGGUGUUUGUAUGUUCAUGUAAAAAAGACUUGUCCGCUUCUCUCAAGAUGGGAGGGAAGGUGGAAAUAAUUAUACCCAAACAAAACAUGAGACCAAUCUCAGUCUUUUUUUCCCCGCUACUUUUUUGAGAGUUCCUUCUAAUGGAAAUACCAGUUUAAUGUAACAUGUUUCCACUAGAAAACAUACUUGUGGGGUUUUUUAGAUAUUGCUAUACUUUCCCUUUUUUAUUCCCCUUUUUUGUGCAAUAGAACCUGACUUUUCCCAUUGGAGCAGAGGUGAAUCCUGGUGAACUCUUCUCAUAUGCUCCUUUCAGAGGGGCAAAGCCCAUGCUGACAUUUAUCUUUAAGUUUUGAAAGCUUGCAAGUUUCUUAUAAGAAGGCCCAUCUGAGAGUGUUCAGGAUUUCAUUUUCAUUCUCUUAACAGCACAGCAAAAUAUAUACUAACCCUUCAGUGGUAGGGAGGGGAGAGACAGCAUACCAUAUCCAUUGAGUUGAUUAGUACUGAUACUUUCAUUGCACAAACUUUCCCAUAAAACCAGUUAAGAUCUUAAUUCUUUUGGUGUCUCAGUGGUGGUGUGAGAUAUAUAUUACACCAUCUUAUAGUUCAUAGUUCUGUGUAAUCUGUCCUUUUGGUUUUUGUUUUUUAAUUCAUUUAUUUGACCAGUAUUUGGGGACAGGGUAGUUGGUAAACUAAUUUCAGCCUUACAUUCAGUUAAGUAUAUUAGCAAUAUGAGGUACCAUGGAAGGUGGCACUCUGGAAAGUGUGGAAACCUAUUUGAAAGUGACAGUGACGAUGAUUAAUCAUGUAAAAAUUUAAUGUUGAUGGUUUUUCUUUUUGUUACUACAUUUUCCUGUGUAGUGGCAUUCAACUGAAUCUUAAGAGUCCAAAGCUGCCUAUGCUGAAUCUUGGAGCUCUAGAUGGUGUAGUGCACACAUAAAUAUUUAGCAGUGUCUAUUUGCAAAUAAGUUUAAAACUAAAUUUCCAUGCACUAAGGUCUCUGUUCAGGAGAGUUAUUAGAGCACAGGCUUGUAUGUUGCCCUGUACAAGGUUGGGUGCCAGCUUAUGCUCAAAUUUAAACUUUCAGGCCCUGGGUCAAAGGCAAAUGUAAAUUCAGUUGAUAGGAGACACAAUUUUCUACCAGUUAUUAUAAAUGCUUAUUAAUCAGAUAUCAUUUUAAGCUCUCUAUUUGCAGCUUGCAGGUUUAUGUUCACAUCAAACUCUAAUUUUGCAAUUUUUUUUUUCAAGGAAGUGCAGUUCUGAUUUUUACAAGACAUUAAAGUUUCAUUUAUGCAGUAUUGGGGUAUUAAGGUUAUUCUUCCUGAAGGCUCCUUCAAGAAUUAAAGUGAGGAAACAAAUAAUAAGCAGUGAAUAAAUAAGCAUUAAAAUAGCUUAAUGUUAUAUACAAUUAAAUCAGUUCCAUGGCUCAUUUGGUUUGUCUGUAAAUCCCUUGGGUUUUUGUGAGGUGUUUGUUGUUUUUUUCCUCUUUGAAGAAACAGAAGAUUAUAUUUUUUACAGAGAGCAAGCUGUUUUUUCUUAUUUUUGUAUCAUUUUCAAAUGUAAUUUCUACCUUCACUCAGAUCAUAAGACACUGGUUUUAGUGAGAGAACAGGUAACUGCACUUAUUACAUCCUCCCCCCUUUGGUUGACUAUAGUACUAAAUAUAAUCAGAUUCUGAUUCUUGAAGGACCUAAAAUUAUUGUGCUGAUGGUGCUGGGACUGUUAGUCAUACUCAUGCUUUAAAGAAGGGGAAAAAAAUCAUUUACCCUCAUUCCAGAUUAAAAAGGUUCAUACACAUGAUGUACUCUGGCUUGUCCAACAAAAACAAACUGACUGGAAAUACUGAUUUGUUAUUCAGAAUUAAUCUGCACUUUAACAAUAUGAACUUUUUGAAAAAAAUUGUUAAAGCAGUAUACUUAUUGCAAACUACAAUGCAACAUUUCUUAUAUCAGGAUUAAACAAAAUGAACUGGAUUUUUUUUAGAGAAGAUGUGUAAUGUAAUUGACAAACAUCCGUGUAUAUAUUUUACAAAGUUCACUUUACAUUAGGUAGUAAGUAUUACUGCAAAAUAACUACUCCCAUGUGUAAUGUAAUUACAAAGCUAGAAAAUAACUUCAGUGUGCUUACUGGUGAGUACUGCUAUGCUUUUGUUUCUCCUAGGCCCUGAAAUAUUGUGGGGGCAAUGGGUAAUCAUAUAGUUUACUUGUGUAAUUACACUGAAGUUAAUAACCUUAAAUUUAAAUCUUCCAACAUAGAGGUUGCAGUAUAACCUGCUUAAUUUUGAUUACAGGUUGAAUAGUGCCACUUAAUGUAAAGUGCUACUUUUAAUAGACAAAAAGUGGUGUUUUUGCCAUACUGUUGGUUGCUGUUUACCCUUGUAAUUCUGUUGUUCUGUAUGGUUCAUUGCUGGAUCAUUCACAUUUAAUUGGGUUUAACUUCUUUCCUAGGAGUGCAGGGGUUAGUUUGAGUUCCUUUUAAGCAAAAAGGGAGAUGAAAACUAGCUAUAUCUGUUAUUCAUUGGUGACCAUUCAAAUGCCUGAAGAAAAAUACAAAUACAAAAUCAUGUCUUUCUGUACAUUGUCACUCAAGACUGAAUAUAAAUUUGCUACUUGUAAGUGGCAACAUCACACAAAAAGCCAGCACCAAAACCUGACUGCUGUUCGUGCAGACCAAGAGGGAAGAUAUGUUACCCAAGAGUGAGGAAAUGAAAGUAUGUACAUAGUUUUUUUCCCUUUCCUUUUUCUUUUGGCAACUUAAAAUCCUGGUAAUUCUGUUGAAUUCUGUACAUUUGGGCAGACAUUUAAUUUGUAUUACUAAUCAUUGAAGUAGAAUGGAUGUUAAAAUUUUUAUGUCUGAAGUUUGAGUCUAUAUUUUGAAGUUGUAAAUAAUUCAUUAUCAGUGUAACUUUUGUCUGACAAAAGGCUUAUACUAUAUGAAGAAUUGAAAUAAUGAAAUAAUUUGCCCUGUACAUUUUUUAAGAAAAUCUUGUUUGUUUAAAGAAGUCUCUUGUAUAAAUUAUAAUUUUUAUUUAAAUAAACAUAAAAAUGCUUUGUGCUAACAA